UACUCAUUUUCAGUCCGGUUUUGAAUUUGUCGUUGAGCGCAACCUGACUCUGGAAUACACUACGAGUAGAAGAAAGAAAAACAAAAAAAUAUUCUUCGUUGUCUUCGAUUCAGUUUUCAUUCGGUCUGUCUGUGUUGAACCUCGAGUAUCUGUGUUUAAAAAACCAAAACCAACUAAAAAUUCAAAUACAAAAAUAACAACGAAAACGACAAUUUUUCUAGUGGUGUUUAGUACAUACUUUUAUUAAAUAAAUACUUUUGGUUGGUUGUUUUUAGUUGGAUGAUACCUUUUCAACAAUUUUCACUGUAUAUUUUAAAUUGCCGCCGGUAUUUGUUUAUUGAUUUAAGCGCGGUUCUAAGCGUGAAUAUUUGUUGAAAAAUUUAAAAUGUGCAUAAUUUGUGAAAAUAAAUAAUUAAAGUGUGUUUGUACAUAUGUAUGUGGUUUUCUUUAUUUGAAAUAAAUGCUAAAUGUGCUUAUUUUUGUAUUGUGCAUAAAUAAUUGAAAAUAUUAAAACGAAAAUUUGUUUCGAAAUAAGUGUGCAACUAUUAAACAAAAUAAACAAAUUUGCAAGUUGACAUUUCUUCUAGACAAUUACAAUUUCAACAGAAUAAUUUUAAAAUAAAACCCAACCUCAACAUUAACAAGCAGCAGGUGGUGAAUGUUUAAUGGUGGCUCUUCUUCACACAAAAUAAAAUCACAAAUUUCGACGUUUAAACGUGAGCUAUAGAGAGAGGAACAACUUCAACGAAGAGGAAUUAUGAGUUUUGUUUGAAUAAACAAAAACUAUUGCUGAAUAUUAAUAGAAUCGAAACAAAGUUUAUCAACGCAGCAAAAACGAAAUAAUAAAUACUGAUCAGACAUACACCAUACAUACACACACCUGAGUAACAAACCAACUAUCUGCAGCACUAAACUUCUUUUAAGAUUAUAUUACUCCGGAGUUGAAAAAUAGAAGAGAUUUAAUAAAAUCCAUUCAAAAUGGUUUUAGUAUUGAAUGGUGUUCUACAAGAUGAUUGUCCUAUGGACACAACAAGUCUUUUUAUGCAGCAUCCAGUCUACAGAGAUUAUGCACAGCAAUUGUUAUCAAUACCAACUAAAUCAGUUGGUCCAGUGGGUCUUCUUUACGUAGGUCAACGUGAAAUGGCAGCAGCAGCUCCACACGAUAAAAAUAUCAAUAUAAUUGGUACAGAUGAUGCUACCACCUGCAUUAUUGUUGUGGUCAGACACUCAGGUUCAGGUGCUGUGGCUUUAGCUCAUUUUGAUGGUACUGGCAUCGAUGAGGCUGUCUGCAACAUGGUUGCUCGUGUACAGGAGCUUGCUUUGGGUUAUCCAGAGGGACGUAUUGAAUUGCAAUUGAUUGGUGGCUAUCGUGAUCCCCAAAGCUAUGGCGAAGAGGUUUUCUACAAUAUUAUGCAAUCAUUCCAUAAACAUCAUCUAGAAAUUGAUUUAACACAGGCCUGCGUUGGUGAAUUAAACACAAUAUUGCGUGGUGAUAUCAAUUGUCCCAUUAUUUAUGGUGUUGGUGUGAAUAUAAAAACUGGAGAAAUAUUUCCAGCCACAUUUCCAGAACGAGGACCCGAUCGGGAAUUACGUGAUGCACGCAACUUUAUGGGUUCACAAACGGUUUUAGAUAUAUACGAUGCAUCUUUGGGUUUAUUGCGUAUAGGCCCCUUUAAUUAUGAUCCGCUGCGUGGUGCUGAUUUAUGGUUGGCACAAACUGAUGAAUUUCUUUUGCAACACUUAUCCACCAGUCCGGAUGUGGAACCACCACAUUUUGCUUUAAAUGUAAGAGCCACUAUCAAGUUUAUUCAAGAAAAUCAAUUUCCUGCUAUUACGAUAUUUCGAGAUAAUCGACCUCGCUAUUAUAGACGCGAUGAAUCUACAGGUUGCUGGGCACUGAUUUUAGAUUGAAAAUCAUUUAACAAUCAUACAAUAUUUUCUUACAAAAGAGAACUGCUUUUGGAAUGCGCCUUAAAAUGUGGAUUUAAAAAUCAUUAAAAAAUAAAACAAAAUCUAAAUAAAAUUGUUUAAUUUAAAUCUAAUUCAAACUAUUUAGUUAAAAUGUAUAAGAAUUUAUAAACAAUACUGUACUCUUAAAAAAAAAAUAAACAAAAAAAAUUACAACAAACGUUUAUAUAUAAAAGUGAUUUAUUAUCAUAUAAUUUAAUAAUUAAAUAAAUAAAAACAUCAUAUAGCAAAACAAAA